GCGAGGUUGCGCCUUUAAAUGUGAGCGAUGGCGUGCUUGUCUAUACUACGUAAAAACCUCUUAUUACCGUAACUUUCACCUAUGAACAUGAUCGUCUGUCGUUUCCUAUGAUGACGGCCCGCGGCUCUCUCCAACUCUCCAACUCGCAACCAGUCUGAGUCUGACUUUGACAAGUCUUGACUAGCGCUGGUCCCUGGGGCUGUCCUCAUGGACAACUCGCCGACAACUUGCGCAAACAAAUUGGACACGUCAGCUACAUCAAGAAAUUUCUCAUAUAGUGCUGGUUCGUGUGUCUGUCAAUCUCUUUCCUCUUCAUUACGGUCAUGGACCAUCCUUGGGCCAGCACUCCGGAGCAAGUCCUUGAGCACUUUGGUGUCGACUGUUCUCGCGGACUAACUGCAGCCCACGCAGCAAAGCAUGCAGAAGUGUACGGAAAGAACGAGCUUCCAGAAGAACCUCCAACUCCGUUAUGGGAACUUAUCCUAGAACAGUUCAAGGACCAGCUAGUAUUGAUCCUGCUUGCGUCAGCCGUUAUAUCCUUCAUUUUGGCAUUGCUAGAUGACUCUGAGGGUACCACUUUAUUUGGAGCAUUUGUUGAACCCACUGUCAUAUUGCUCAUUCUUAUUGCCAAUGCAACUGUUGGGGUGAUACAAGAAACAAACGCGGAGAAAGCUAUAGACGCUUUAAAGGAAUAUUCCCCAGAUGAGGCCAAAGUCCUCAGGUCUGGCCAGUUGGCCCGCAUUCAUGCCUCCGAACUCGUUCCAGGUGACAUCGUUUCGGUUGCAGUUGGUGACAAAAUUCCAGCGGAUUGCAGAAUCUUGUCCAUAUCCUCCAGUAGCUUUAGGGUUGACCAGGCCAUCCUCACUGGCGAGAGCGUUAGCGUGAACAAGUCGGUCGACGUCGUCUCUGACACCGGCGCUGUCAAGCAGGACAUGACAAACAUGAUGUUCUCUGGUACCACAGUAGUCAACGGGAGUGCACGAGCUAUCGUCACUUUCACAGGCCAGAAGACCGCUAUUGGCCACAUCCAUCAUUCAAUCUCGCAGCAAAUCAGUGAAAAGACUCCACUCAAACGCAAACUCGACGAUUUCGGUGAUAUGCUCGCCAAAGUGAUCACUGUAAUUUGUGUCCUGGUGUGGUUGGUUAAUUUCCGGCACUUCUGGGACCCUGCACAUCAUGGUGCAAUGAAGGGUGCUGUUUAUUACUUCAAAAUUGCCGUAGCUCUUGCAGUGGCCGCUAUCCCUGAAGGUCUUGCUGCCGUUAUUACAGCAUGUUUGGCAUUGGGAACGAAGAAGAUGGCACAGAAGAACGCGAUUGUCAGGAAUUUACCAAGCGUGGAAACUCUCGGAUGUACCAAUGUCAUUUGCUCAGACAAAACGGGCACUCUCACUACCAACCAAAUGAGUGUUUCAAAGUUCCUCAUCAUUAAUGCGCAAAGCGGGCUUCCAGAAGACUAUGCCGUCGAAGGUACAACUUAUUCCCCACAUGGCUCGAUCACCUCUGUCAACGGAAAGGCCGCGGAUUUACAGUCUGACCCCCUCAGACGUCUCGCAGAGAUUAGCGCCAUCUGUAAUGACGCGAAGAUUGUCUACCAUUCUGACAAGGACUCAUACAGUAAUGUGGGGGAGCCGACUGAAGCUGCCUUGAAAGUCCUCGUAGAGAAGAUAGGUUGUGCGGAUAAAGAAGUAUCCGGGUCCCUCUCCACACUUUCGCCGUCCGUAAGGGCGAGUGUAGUGAAUGAGUACUAUGAGCGCUCCAUCCCGAGGCUGCUCACUAUGGAAUUUUCACGUGACCGGAAGAUGAUGUCUGUCCUUGUUCGGCUGAAUGGGAAGGGUGCCCUGUUUGCCAAAGGAGCCCCCGAGUCCGUCUUGGAUCGGUGUACCUCAGUCAUGGUAGAUGGCAAGGUCAUUCCAUUAACUGCAGAGCUACGUAAAGUGCUCCUCGCUCAAACGGUUUCUUACGGUGCUAUCGGUCUCCGCACUCUGGCCUUCGCCUACGUAGACGUUCAAGACCUUGAUCCCACUCACUAUCAGAGUCAAAACACCAGCGAUUAUGCUCGUUUUGAACAGGACUUGGUGUUCGUUUCUCUGGUUGGAAUGCUCGAUCCUCCAAGGCCCGAGGUCCGCCUCGCUGUUGCGAACUGUAGAGCUGCUGGAAUUCGUGUUAUCUGCAUCACUGGCGAUAAUAAGGGCACUGCAGAAACGAUCUGCAGGCAGAUUGGGAUCUUCGGGGAGAAUGAGGACUUGACAGGGAAGAGUUACACUGGUCGGGAACUCGAUGAGCUCAGUUCUGAGGAGAAGAUUAAGGCUGUACAGCGCGCUAGUCUCUUCACCCGGACAGAACCCGCACACAAGAGCCAACUUGUUGAUAUCCUCCAAGGUCUCGGGCUGGUUGUAGCGAUGACUGGUGAUGGUGUAAACGACGCCCCAGCACUCAAGAAGGCUGAUAUUGGGGUCGCCAUGGGAAGCGGCACUGACGUUGCCAAACUGGCUGCCGAUAUGGUGCUCGCGGACUCGAACUUUGCAACUAUAGAGCUAGCGGUUGAAGAAGGUAGACUCAUAUACAAUAACACCAAGCAAUUUAUCCGAUACCUAAUUUCGUCAAAUAUUGGCGAAGUCGUCAGCAUAUUCUUGACUGUCCUGCUAGGCAUGCCCGAGGCCCUUAUCCCGGUGCAACUCCUGUGGGUCAACCUCGUUACAGACAGCUUGCCUGCAACCGCCCUUGGAUUCAACCCUGCAGAUCAUUCUAUCAUGCGUGUUCCUCCCAGAAACAGCCGCGAACCUCUUGUCGGCAAAUGGCUGUUCUUCCGCUACAUGGUCGUUGGCAUUUACGUUGGAUGUGCCACCGUAUUCGGAUAUGCGUGGUGGUUCAUCUUUUACUCAGAAGGGCCGCAGAUCACGUUCCAUCAACUUACGCAUUUCCAUCAAUGUUCCACGCUCUUUCCGGAAAUCGGGUGCGAGAUGUUCACGAAUGUUAUGGCCCAUCGGGCUACGACCAUGAGCCUGUCAAUUCUGGUGACGGUGGAGAUGUUCAACGCUAUGAACUCGCUCUCUGAAAAUGAAAGUCUGCUGCGGUUGCCUGUAUGGAAGAACCCAUUCCUUGUGGCAGCAAUAACUCUCAGCAUGGCACUUCACUUCGCCAUUUUGUACAUUCCAUUCUUCACGACGCUGUUCCAAAUAACGCCACUGAACUGGGCUGAAUGGGAAAUGGUUUUGUAUCUUAGCGUGCCAGUGCUUGCCAUCGACGAGGUCCUGAAAUUGGUGACAACAAUGUUCGUCGACCCUCCCACACAAGUGGAGUUAAAAUGAUGGGACGAUAUGUUGGAUUAUGAUUCAAUGUAUCAGUUGUAGUAAGAAUGAGAAUGGCUUCUAAGAACCUAGACUAGAAUUUCUUCGUCGUUGUGAGCAGUGAAAUCUGAGUGCUACCGCUGCCAGUGCCGCUGAGUCUCGAAU